AUUAAGUGGUGAAGAGCCUCGCGUCGGGGCAGAUCGAGUCCUGGGAGGGGACAAGAGGUUACCCAUCCAGAGUGGGCUCCACAAAUCAUGCGCUCCUGUCCUCGACUGGCAUCACCACAGAUUCUUUGCCUCGGUCUCUUGCAGCGGGGGACGAUCCGGAGUUCAACUUUCAGAAGAGAGACGCCCCAGCAGGUCUGUUUCGAGGAUCCCUUCAGCUGCUCACCUCAUGGGCCAGACGGCCCUUGCAAGGGGCAGCAGCAGCACCCCCACCUCCCAUGCUCUGUACUCUGACUUCUCCCCUCCCGAGGGCUUGGAGGAGCUCCUGUCUGCACCCCCUCCUGACCUAGGGGCCCAACGGUGCCACGGCUGGAAUCCCAAGGAUUGUUCCGAGAACAUCGAUGUCAAGGAAGGGGGAUUGUGCUUCGAGCGGCGCCCUGUGGCCCAAAGCACCGAUGGGGUCCGGGGAAAGAAGGGUUACUCGAGGGGCCUGCAUGCCUGGGAGAUCAGCUGGCCCCUGGAGCAGAGGGGCACACACGCCGUGGUGGGCGUGGCCACUGCCCUCGCCCCGCUGCAGAUUGACCACUACGCGGCGCUUUUGGGCAGCAACGGCGAGUCGUGGGGCUGGGAUAUUGGGCGGGGCAAAUUGUAUCACCAGAGUAAGGGCCUGGAGGCCCCCCAAUACCCAGCCGGACCUCAGGGUGAGCAGCUAGUGGUGCCAGAGAGACUGUUGGUGGUUCUCGACAUGGAGGAGGGGACUCUGGGCUACUCUAUUGGGGGCACGUACCUGGGACCAGCCUUCCGUGGACUGAAGGGCAGGACCCUCUAUCCCUCUGUAAGCGCUGUUUGGGGCCAGUGCCAGGUCCGCAUCCGCUACAUGGGCGAGAGAAGAGCCGAGGAACCACAAUCCCUUCUGCACCUGAGCCGCCUGUGUGUGCGCCAUGCGCUGGGGGAUACCCGGCUUGGCCAAAUCUCCACCCUGCCUUUGCCCGCUGCCAUGAAGCGCUACCUGCUCUACAAAUGACCCUUUGGCACCAGAUUGUGCGGGCACCUGGCCACCAUCAGCACGGUGGCGACAGGUGGAGAGGUACCAUUGGCCUAGACCAAAACUUAAGUCAGUGAAGCUAAGGCAAGGAGAAGCUUGGCCCUUACAGAGGGCCAAGACAAGGAAGUGGACCUAAGGGCUGUGGCAGCGUGCCACAAGAGAUGUUUUUCAA